AUGUCGAAGCCUUUUGAUCCAGAGACGGCGGAGAACUUCGAGGACAUGGAGAAGCAGUUCGCCGUGAAAGCGGUCGAACACCUGAUGACGUACUGGUCCAUUCUCGAGAAGGUCCGCGGUUCGCAGCUCCGAUUGACGAAGAUCGACGACGAGAUCUACGAGGACUUCAAGAGGGAAUUCCCCGACUUCGAUCCCAGCGCGACGAUCAACGAGGACGAGAUGAAGAGCAAGGCGGGCAAGGAGAAGUGGCGCAACUGGAUGAACAAGUACGAGGAGAAGGUUGCCGACUUCAACUUCGGCACGAUGCUGCGCGCGAACCCCAGCGUUGAGUAUGAGCAGGAGACUACGAUCUUCGCUUUGCGGAUGCAGUUCUACGCGAUUGAGAUCGCAAGAAACCGUGCUGGCUUGAACGAUUGGGUCUAUGAGAAGAACCACCCCGGCGAGAAGGCAUAA